GACGUGCGAGCUCCUGCACUUCCUCUCUCUCUAGCUGCUCGCGAAGCCCCAACAUGCCGCCUAAAGAUUCCAAGCAAAAGAAGGAUUCGGGAAAGUCCAAAAAGGACAAGGAUCCCGUCAACAAAUCCGGGGGCAAAGCCAAAAAGAAGAAGUGGUCCAAAGGAAAGGUGAGGGACAAGCUGAACAACCUGGUUCUCUUUGACAAGGCCACUUAUGACAAACUGUACAAAGAGGUUCCCAACUACAAGCUCAUCACACCCGCCGUGGUGUCUGAAAGACUGAAGAUCAGAGGCUCCCUGGCCCGCGCUGCUCUUCUGGAACUGCUUGGCAAAGGUAUGAUCAAGCUGGUGUCAAAGCACAGAGCACAGGUGAUCUACACACGCAACACCAAGGGCACCGAGGAGGCUGCUCCAGAGAAAGAGGCGUAGAGGUUCUUCUCUGGCGUGUGAUGGUGUUUUGUAUAGACGAAUAAAGUACAAAAAAAAAAC